UGGAUUUCAUGUGCCCCGAGGCACAAUGUUACUGGUCAAUACUUGGAGCAUUCAUAGAGAUACCAAGCUGUGGGUGGAGCCAACAAAAUUCAUGCCAGAGAGAUUUGAAGGUGGAGAAGGUGGAGGGUAUAAACUGCUUCCAUUUGGUGCUGGAAGGCGGGCUUGUCCUGGGGCUGGUCUAGCCAAGCGAAUCAUAGGCCUGACACUAGGUGUCUUGAUUCAGUGCUUUGAGUGGGAUAGGGUUAGCAAAGAGGAGAUUAAUCUGACAGAGGGAACAGGGCUUACCAUGCCCAAAGCUGAACCACUGGAGGCGUUAUGCAGACCUCGCCAAUCCAUGGUCAACCUCCUCUCUUCUAUGUGAAGCAUAUGGAUGAUUUUCCUCAAGUAUGCUCUCUUUGUUUGCUCUGAGAUAUUCUAUAACUAAGGGAAUACUUUUUUCAUUGCAUCCACAAUAUAUAUAUAUAUAUAUAUAUAUAAGCAAUGAAAACCUGUCCCAACUUUGAUGAACAAACGAACCAGAAUGUAGUUUUGGCUUGCUUAAUUCCAGUCGCAUGUUUUGCUGGCAA